CCACUUCCUCAGCCACUACGGAGGGAGCGUGGUAAAUUGUAGGAAAUAGCAUUUUGAAAGGUCCGCACAGCCGUGAUACAAGAUACCGCAUAAUAGUUCUUAAAAUAAUAUGCCCAGUUUUUUUUUUGUAGCAGAGAGUCAGUAUCUGAAUAGCUGCUGCAUGUUGGACUUAAAUGUUUGUUCACUCAUCAAAUUUUAGCAUUUCUUAGCACAUUUGGCUAACAAAACAUCUGAGUAACGUUACUGCUCAGAAGGUCGAGGUCAUACACCGCCCUUUUGACCAAGUGGAUAAAAGGCAGCCGUCUUACCUGAGUCUGACCGCUGUGCCGAUUAUGGAUGACUUAAAUAGAGAGCUGGCGCCUCUUGAAGACUUGGAGGACGACAACGACUCUUCGGACAACAACUCUGCAAAAGGAGUGAAAAAGUCCAAACUCCCUGUGGUUAAUCCCAUGUGUGUAGAGACACCGAAGGAAACUGGGUUUCAUCAGAGUACCAGGAUCUGUCUGGAGCGGAUCAGAGAAGCCAUGCUGCAUCAUAGAUGGCAAGAGGCAGCAGAAUAUAUGGCAUGUUACCCCCAAAUGUUAGAAGACAGAACUCAGGGCUCCACACAGCAGUAUAAAGAGCUUAUUUGGAGACUCAGUGCUGAGAUCCUUCACCAUCAACCCAACUCAAAGCUGGAAGACUACAACAACAUCUAUGAACGAAUGAAACAUUCAGGAGUUAAGCAUUACCUGAUGAUCAGUCUGGAACAUUCCUUCCACCUGCUGCUCCAUGGUCACAUUGAAGAUGCGAAGCGUCAGCUGUCUGCCGCUGAAAGCUGGAGGCAUGGGAAGGAGUCGGCAGCUCAGUAUCAGAGGACUAAACUGAUCCAGGCCUACAGGAGCCUGCUGGAUUAUAUCAUCUGGUGUGACAAAAAGUUAACAUACUGCAACACUGACUACCACGACUCUGGUGACAACCAAGAGAUGCAUAACUACUUCAGACAGGCCUCUGUGAAUCUGAAGGAGAUUUUGAAAAAUCCUGGUGUCUGGGAUCCCUUCAUACUGAGUUACGUUGAGAUGCUGGAGUUCUAUGAGGAUCACAAUGAGGCCCUGAAAGUCCUGAAUGACUACGCCUAUGAUAACAGUUUUCCACCCAAUCCCAAUGCGCAUGUCUACCUGUACCGGUACUUAAAGCAGCACGAUGCUUCAGAGAGGAAACUGAUGAAAGUUUUGAAGAUCCUCCAUGUGUUAGUCCCAAGCCAUGAGUUGAUGUUGGAGUACAGCUCACUCCUGCUUAAGUCAGAGAAACAAAGUGAUAUCCAAAAAGCUUUAGGAGUCGUUCUGGAAAUGCUGGACUUUGCCUGCUGGAGGAGCAACCUGGAUGUGUGGAAGUGUUUAAAGACCAUUAUUCAGAAAUUACAGUUACAAGAAGACUGGAGGAACGUUGUCCUUGGAAAAAUGGCCGGAAGAAAAGACUGGUGGCCUGCGCUGCACUUCACAAGCUUCCACGCCAGUAAAGACUCUGAGGAGAACCCAGAGCUGAUGGAGGUGAAGGCGUCACUUACAAAAGUCCUCUGCCCAGACCUAAUUCUGAAGUACGGUGCUGCAGGGGUAACCAGUGAAGAGUGGACUUGAGAGAAGAACACAAAGACAAUAUAAAAUGGUGUCUUCACAAUUCCCUCUCAAUAACAGGGCUGGGAAGAGCUGUCGGGAAACGACUGAAAAACUCUGGCAAACGCGUCUUGAUGGAGAGCAAGAGUCUUCAUAAAUGCACUUUUUACACAAAGUUUAUUUAUAGAAGAUUUUCUUUUCCUUUUGGGUCGUAAAAUGUUCUUGAGGUUCACUGACACACGGAUAUGUGGUUCCAAGAUCAAAAACUAACCUUUUUUUUU